AUGUCCAGCAACCCCCACGAUUUCAGCGACCCUAAUCGACAGGGACAGUAUCCACCUCCUCAGUGGAACACUAGUCAACCUGAGGAUAACCCUUCCGCUCAUUAUCCGCCGGCUUCUCAAUACCCUUAUCCUCCGGCUUCGUACCCUCCACCGACUGCGGACCACCAAUAUCCUCCGCCGCCGUCACAGUAUCCGCCGCCGCCAAACAUGGCUGCCAUUCAUCCGCAUGUUCAGGGCCCGCAAGACCCCUACCGCCUUCCACCGCCCCCUGGUGCUUAUCGCCCCCCAGACGUUUACGCUCAACCACCUCCGCCCCAAGUGGUCUACCAAGCUGCCGCUCCACGACAGCGGACAGCUAUCGCCUGUCGUUACUGCCGGAGACGGAAGAUUAGGUGCUCGGGAUUCGAAAGUUCUCAGGAUGGGCGUUGCAGUAAUUGUAUCCGCUUUAACCAAGAGUGCAUGUUCACGCCAGUUUCCUCUCAGGCGCAAGCUUUUGUUCCUGCACAUGCUGCCUACCCACACCUGAGAAACGCACAGAACCAACCACGUGGUGGUGCCCCGGUAAUGCUUUAUGGUGCCCACGGUCAGCCUUUACCACCCCAACAACAACCUCAAGCUCCACCGGAUGCCACACUUCCUCCACCACAGGGAAUGUAUCAGAAUCCUUAUGGAAGCGCACCCCCACCUCUCUCAUCUCAAGAUCCUGUAAGUCCCACCUCAUCCCUAUUCGUCAAGUACACCCUUACUCACCGGUUCCUUUGCAAACAGCGACCUAUUGGCCGUCGCAGCUCGAGCUCAGGAUUCGAGUAUCCCGAUCCAACCAAUCUGGCACCCGUAACGCCGGCAACAUCUGCGCCAGGAUAUCAAGCACAUUCUACCUCAAGUCCAUACUAUCCACCUCCACCUCAGCAUGAUCGACGUCCUUCUCCGCAGUCGGCGUACCCUUACGAUAAUCGUCACUCCUCAUCUCCCCACAACUCACCCUAUCCUCCUAUGCACCCUGGUCAAAGCGCGAUGACACCCCCACCCACUUCUACCCCUGGUGGCUCGUCUCGUGGUGGCCUGAAUGUUCGUGACAUGUUGAAUCCAGGAGACAGCCAAGGUCGCUCUAGCACUGAUAGUGAUAUGCUGAAUGCCCUAAACCGGCGGGGCUUGAACCAGUAA